CCCACGUCGCCUCCAAUGGCGUCCUCCCUCCUCCGCGCCUCGCCGCUCUCGCUCCUCUCCCGCCUGAACCCGCUCAGCCGCCGCCGGCCUCCCGCCGCCUCGCACCUCCGCCGCCUGCUCCUGCUCUCCGGCUCCGCCUCGCCCUCCCCGCCCACGCUCCGAACCCUAGCCACCGAUGCGGCGACCACGGCCGAGGAGGCGGCGGAGGCCGCGAGGAUGGAGAGGAUGCAGCCCCUGCAGUGGCCGCAGCGGGACGCGCUGUGCGGCGAGCUCGGCGCGGGCGACGCCGGGCGCCGGGUCAGGCUCUGCGGCUGGGUCGCCCUCCGCCGCAACCACGCCGGCCUCACAUUCCUCACCCUCCGCGACUCCUCGGGCAUGGUCCAGGUGACAACGUUGCCAGAAUACCCUGAAGUUUAUGCUGUUGUGAACAAGCUGAGAGUGGAAUCAGUGGUUGCUGUUGAGGGGGUGGUGCGCCCGCGCCCAGCAGAUGCCAUCAAUGCAGAUAUGAAGACUGGGGCCAUAGAGGUUGCUGCAGAUAGUAUAUUGGUGCUCAACUCAGUUACUCGUUCCUUACCUUUUCCAAUCACUACUGCUGAUACUGUCAAAGACAAAUUUCCAGAAGAAGUUAGAUUGAGAUUUAGGGUGCUGGACUUGCGCCGACCACAAAUGCAGUCAAACUUGAGAUUGCGCCAUAAAGUUAUUAAGCACGUUCGUCGUUAUUUGGAGGAUAGACAUGAUUUUGUCGAGAUUGAGACUCCAAUCUUAUCCAAGUCUACACCAGAAGGUGCCCGGGACUAUCUUGUACCUUCAAGAGUUCAGCCAGGAACAUGCUUUGCUCUUCCUCAAAGCCCUCAGCUGUUCAAGCAAAUGUUGAUGGCCUCUGGCUUUGAAAAAUAUUUUCAGAUUGCAAGAUGCUUCCGGGAUGAAGAUCUGCGUGCAGACAGGCAACCAGAAUUCACGCAACUUGACAUGGAGAUUUCCUUUACAUCAAUGGAGGAUAUGUUGAAGUUGAAUGAAGAAUUGAUGAUACAUAUAUUUCAAGAGGUGGGAGAUAUUAAGCUGCCAAAGUGUUUUCCAAGGCUCACCUAUACAGAGGCGAUGAACCGUUACGGGACAGACAGGCCUGACCUUCGGUUCGAUUGGGAGCUAAAAGAUGCUGGUGAUGUAUUUUUGAACAGCAGUUUCAAGGUAUUUGCAGAUACAAUAGAAAAUGGUGGUGUAGUAAAGGCAUUGUGUGUGCCUGGUGGUGCCAAAGUUUUUUCAAACACUGACCUAAAGAAGGGAACUGUUUACACUGAAGCUUCCAAAGCUGGAGCUAAGGGCCUUCCUUUCCUCAAAGUUAUGGACAAUGGGGAGCUUGAAGGAGUUGGUCCGCUAGUGUCAAGUCUGAAACCUGAAAAGAAAGAGCAGCUAUUGGAACUUUUAGGUGCAAAAGCAGGUGAUCUUAUCCUGUUUGCCCUGGGCGAGCAAUCAGCAGCUAAUCAAAUUCUUGGCAGGUUAAGAUUAUUUAUUGCUCAGAAGCUGGAAGUGAUCGACACAUCAGCACAUUCAAUUCUUUGGGUGACGGAUUUUCCAAUGUUUGAAUGGAAUAGUGAUGAGCAGAGAUAUGAGGCUCUACACCACCCUUUCACUGCACCAAACCCGGAAGAUAUGGAUGAUCUACCAUCAGCUCGUGCCUUGGCUUACGAUAUGAUUUACAAUGGGGUGGAGAUCGGAGGAGGCAGUUUGAGGAUCUACAAAAGUGAUGUGCAACAAAGAAUUUUUGAGAUCAUCGGUAUCUCACCUGAACAGGCGGAGGAAAAAUUUGGCUAUCUUUUGGAGUGUUUUGACAUGGGUGCUCCUCCACAUGGAGGUAUUGCCUAUGGGUUGGAUCGGUUGGUGAUGCUUUUGGCUCGCGAAAGUUCGAUCCGGGAUGUGAUAGCUUUCCCAAAGACCACGACAGCUCAAUGUUCGCUCACCAAAGCACCGUCUCCUGUGGAUCCUCAACAACUGAAGGAUCUCGGCCUACGCACUUCAUGAGAGUACUGUUCAUAAUUUAGGGGUAAAAUUGUUAGGAACAACUACAUUAUACACAUGGGACUCAGAUCGUCUCUACACAUUCUCUUUUUUGUACUGUAGAGAGAAUGAGCUCUUGCUCAUGAUUGUUUUUACCAUGUAAGAUCACUGGUCACCCAUCGGAUGCCUAUACGAAUGAGAUUGUUCAGGAAAUUGGGCUGUCAAAUUUAACCUGGAGUUGAACAAACUAAGACUUGUAAGAUAUAAUGUGUUCCCUUUGAAAGAUGUGUGUAUACCUCGC